UGAAAAUUGACCUCUCAGCCGCCAAUUGUUUAUAUAGGUUAAGUUAAACAAAGUAAAUCCGGUCUUUUAGAAAAUCACUAUUUUUUUGCAAUUUCUGGAACUGGAACCUCAAAGACAAUGGAUGACUUUUUCAAAAUAGAAAAAAUUGGCGAGGGAACGUACGGGGUCGUGUACAAGGGGCGACAUAAAAAAACCGGAAAAGUAGUUGCGAUGAAAAAGAUACGUCUUGAGUCCGAAGACGACGGCGUGCCCUCGACCGCGAUACGCGAGAUCUCGCUACUGAAGGAGCUGCGCCAUCCCAACAUUGUAACUCUCGACGACGUGCUUAUGGACGAGUCACGUCUUUAUUUGAUAUUCGAAUUUUUAUCGAUGGACUUGAAGAAGUACCUCGAUAAACUGCAGAAGGAACUGAUGGACCCGAAGCUCGUUCAAAGUUACCUGUACCAGAUUAACGAGGCGAUUUUGUUUUGCCACCAAAGGCGGGUUUUGCAUCGCGAUCUCAAGCCGCAAAAUUUGCUCAUCAGCAAGGACGGGUUGAUUAAAGUGGCCGACUUCGGGCUCGGUCGCGCUUUCGGCGUGCCAGUUCGCGUUUACACUCACGAAGUGGUCACGCUGUGGUACCGCGCGCCCGAAAUACUACUCGGAUCGUCGCGCUACUCCUGCCCGAUCGACGUCUGGUCGUUGGGCUGCAUAUUCGCCGAGAUGGCGACGAAACGUCCCCUCUUUCAGGGCGAUUCCGAAAUCGAUCAGCUCUUUCGGAUAUUCCGCGUGCUGAUGACGCCCACCGAGGAGCUGUGGCCCGGCGUGUCCGCGCUGCCCGACUACAAGACCACCUUCCCGAAUUGGACCAGCUACAGUUUGGACAGUCAGGUCAAGUGCCUGUCGGACAGCGGGCUCGAUCUGUUGAAGCAGAUGCUCGUGUACGAUCCGGCCAAACGCAUUUCGGCCAAGCGUAUCGUCGCGCAUCCGUAUUUCGUGGAUUUAGAUCGAUCGGUCAAGCCACAGUUUCCCGAAUAACUUUGGCUGUGGUUUUAGUUUCUCAUAACUGCCAUAACUUGUGCCUUAUUUUUUUAUAGUAUGAUCUCGAUUCAGUGUUAAUAGGACAAGUUCGAAUGUAUUUUGGAUGAAUUCUUUGUAUUUUUAUACCUUAAUCCUGCACUGUACAUUUAGAAAAUAGUGUAGUCUUUCUCGUCAUUAAAUUUCUACUGUUUACUUUUA